AUGAGAUCUGCUAUCAACAAAGUCUCCAACAAGGCUCUCCUUCAAGCAUUUACUCCAUCAACAACUCAAAGAUUUUAUUCAGCUGAGUUGAAGGCCAUCUUGGCUAAACAAAUUCCAGAGAAGCAAGCUGAAAUUAAAUCCAUCAGAGAAAAGCACGGUUCCGUCUCCCUUGGUGAAUGUACCAUCGAAAUGGCAUAUCAAGGAAUGAGAGGUAUCAAGGGCUUAGUUACCGAAACUUCUCUCUUGGAUCCUGAGGAAGGUAUCAGAUUCAGAGGAUACAGCAUCCCAGAAUGCCAAGAAAAGCUUCCAAAGGCUAAGGGUGGUCAAGAACCACUUCCAGAAGCAAUGCUGUGGUUGUUGUUGACUGGACAAGUACCAACUGAUCAACAAGUUGAAGCUUUGAGAGUGGACUUGCAACAAAGAUCCACUCAAGUCGAUAAACAAACUAUUGACUUUGUAAAGAACAUUCCAAGCAAUCUUCAUCCAAUGACACAAUUCUCUAUGGCUAUCUUGGCUUUGCAAAAGGAUUCCAAAUUCGCCCAAGCAUAUCAAAACGGAGUUCAUAAGAAGGAAUAUUGGAUUCAUACAUAUGAAGAUGUUUUAAAUUGUAUUUCUCGUUUGCCAACAAUUGCUUCUAUCAUUUACAGAAAGACAUAUCACAACGGAAAGUAUAUUGAAAGUGAUAAAUCUUUGGAUUGGGCUGCUGAUUAUGCUCAUAUGAUGGGUUACUCUGGAAACAAGGAAAUUGCUGAAUUGUUCCGUUUGUAUUUGAGCAUCCACACUGACCACGAAGGCGGUAACGUUUCCGCACACGCAACUCACCUUGUUGGUAGUGCUUUGUCCGAUCCAUACUUGUCACUCAGUGCUGGUAUGAACGGUUUGGCUGGUCCAUUGCACGGUUUGGCCAAUCAAGAAGUAUUGAGAUGGUUGAAGGAUGUUCAAAAGGAAUUAAAUGGUAGAGAGCCAACUAAGGAAGUGUUGAGACAAGUCAUUUGGGAUACCUUGAACGGUGGACGAGUCGUUCCAGGUUAUGGUCAUGCUGUCUUGAGAAAGACUGACCCAAGAUAUACUUGUCAACGAGAAUUUGCUCUCAAGUAUAUGAAGGAUGACCCAUUGUUCAAGCUAGUUUCAACUUUAUAUGAAGUUGUUCCUGAUGUUUUGACUGAACACGGAAAGACCAAGAAUCCAUGGCCAAACGUUGAUGCUCACUCUGGAUGCUUGUUGCAACAUUACGGAAUUGUUGAGGAAGAUUAUUAUACUGUUAUGUUCGGAGUUAGUCGUGCUAUGGGUGUUUUGUCAAGCUUGUUGUGGGAUAGAGCUUUGGGUCUUCCAAUUGAACGACCAAAGUCUGUUACCACUGAAUGGAUUAAGAAGUUUUUGAAGAUUUAA